AUGACCGUCACCUACACAGCCCGAGUGGCAAAUGCCCGCUUCGGUGGCUUCUCGCAGCUGCUGCUGCUGUGGCGCGGAAGCAUCUACAAGCUCCUGUGGCGAGAGCUGCUGUGUUUCCUGGGGCUCUACAUGGCGCUGAGCGCCGCCUAUCGCUUCUUACUGGCAGAAGAGCAGAAGCGCUACUUCGAGAAGCUUGUCAUUUACUGCGACCAGUACGCCAGCCUCAUCCCCGUCUCCUUCGUGCUUGGCUUCUAUGUGACGCUGGUGGUGCAUCGCUGGUGGAACCAGUACUUGUGCAUGCCUCUGCCGGACGCACUCAUGUGCGUGGUGGUCGGUACCGUGCACGGGCGCGACGAUCGAGGCCGCCUCUACAGGCGCACGCUCAUGCGCUACGCAGGGCUCUCGGCGGUGCUGAUCCUUCGGUCUGUCAGCACAGCCGUCUUCAAGCGGUUCCCCACCAUAGACCACGUGGUGGAGGCUGGAUUUAUGACCCGCGAGGAGCGCAAGAAGUUCGAGAACUUAAACUCAUCCUACAACAAGUACUGGGUGCCCUGCGUGUGGUUCUCUAACCUGGCGGCGCAGGCGCGGCGAGAGGGGCGCAUCCGCGACAACAGUGCCCUUAAGCUGCUGCUGGAGGAGCUGAAUGCGUUUCGGAGCAAAUGUGGGAUGCUGUUUCACUACGACUGGAUUAGCAUACCCCUCGUCUACACCCAGGUAGUGACCAUCGCAGUGUACAGCUACUUCCUUGCUUGCCUCAUCGGCCGUCAAUUCCUAGACCCUGCACAGGGCUACAAGGACCACACCUUGGACCUGUGCAUUCCCAUCUUCACCUUACUGCAGUUCUUCUUCUACGCUGGCUGGCUUAAGGUAGCAGAGCAGCUCAUCAACCCUUUUGGAGAGGACGACGACGACUUUGAGACCAACUUUCUUAUUGACCGCAACUUCCAGGUGUCGAUGCUAGCCGUGGACGAGAUGUAUGACGACUUGGCUAUGCUGGAAAAAGAUUUAUACUGGGAUGCGGCCGAGGCUCGCGCGCCCUACACCGCUGCCACCGCUUUCCUGAGGCAGCAGCCCUUCCAGGGCUCCACCUUUGAUAUAGCGCUGGCUAAGGAGGACAUGCAGUUCCAGCGGCUGGACGGCGUGGACGGCCCGCUGGGAGAGGCUCACGGGGACUUUCUGCAGCGCCUCCUGCCGCUGGGUGCCGGCUCUAUGGGUCCCCUGGGGCGGCGCCUGUCGCUGUUGAGGCGUAAGAACAGCUGCGUGUCAGAGGCGUCCACGGCGGCCAGCUGCGGGUGUGCAGGCGCAGCGGAUAGCACAGGGGUUGAGUGUGGUUGUGGAGAGCCAUUGCUUGACCCCAGCCUGCGGGAGCCUGAGCUCGAGCCCCCCGCAUGUUCUGAACCACCUGCCCCCAUCCCGGGGCCGACGGCUGAACCUUUCACCACCGUACCCAUUCCAGGGCCCCGGGCUCCAGCGCCGCCUUGGCUGCCCAGCCCUAUUGGAGAGGAGGAAGAGAGUCCGGCCUGAGACCCUAGAACUUGGACCCCUAUGGACACCCAAUCCUGUACAGGGCAUACUGACGACCACCAAGGUCGGCAGAAAGGCGACCUGCCCAUUUUGACCAGCUAUGUCUCCCAGUGGGGCUGGUGGUGUUAGGGGUCCAUAUUCUCACAGCUGCUGUUGCUUUUUUUUUUUUUUUAAUCUACU